CACUCUUUUUUUCAAGAACACUGUGUGAGGAAAUGCGUGCGGUCGCAGUCAGUUGUUUGUUGUGCAGCUCGUUCAGUUGCACGAGUAACUGUUUGAAGCGGCACUCAAACUCUGAUUGGUCUUCAGUUCAGACAGGAAGUUCAGACUUUAACAUUGAGCAGAACUUUGGACCCGGUGACUCCAGAUGCUCAGCCGCAGUCUUCUAGGUGUAAAGUGAAACAAGGAACAGUAAAGACACAAUGUCUGGACCUCCUCCUCCACCUCCUCCUGGACCUCCUCCAACCUUUGCAGUGAGUUGACCAUUAUACUUGAUGAGGUGAAUGUAAGUAUAAAGUAUGAUUAUUGUUAAUAGUCGAUGUUACAGUAUUGUAUUUCCACAGGCAAACACAGAGAAGCCAGCUUUGAACAAAUCUCAGCAGCAGGGAAGAAAUGCUUUACUAUCAGAUAUCGGUAAAGGGGCUCGACUCAAGAAAGCAGUCACCAAUGAUCGCAGCGCACCAGUAAUAGACAAACCUAAAGGUGGAGGAGGUGGAGGAGGAGGGGGCGGGUUUGGAGGCGGAGCUUCAGGUGGAAUGGGCGGCCUUUUUCAGGGUGGAAUGCCAAGGCUAAAAUCAUCAGGGGGCGGUAAUGCCAGACCCCCGAUGCCACCCACAGGUGGGAGAUUUCCAGCACCCAGUAACCCAGGUGGAAACAGACCCCCAGUCCCGAGCUCCGGACGACCUUCACCUGGGAGGUCUGGACCUCCACCUGUACCUUCCUCUGCACGUCCGACACCGCAAAGCUCUCCUGGCGGCCCACCACCUCUGCCUGGAGGAGGUCGACCGCCAAUCCACUCACCUUCCACGCAGCCCCCCAGCCAGCCGGGCAGACGCCCCAGCUUUCCUCCACCCCCGAAGGAAUCUUCCUUCCCUCCACCUCCUACGCCCACUAGUGGCCGGCCGCCAUUACCCGCAAUGUCUAGCAGGUCCUCAGAUGACUUCCCUCCUCCUCCACCACCCGCAGGAGGACAUAGAGCGUCUUUCUCUCGAGAUGGAUUUCCACCACCACCGCCACCAUCAACAGAAAAUAAACCACCAUCUCCGCAAAAACCUCCGGGUAAUGCACCUCCAUCUUUACCACCAGGAAGAGGGGGCCUGCCACCCGUUCCCCCAUCACAGCGAGAGGAGCCAGUCUCUAGAGGUCCUUCACGAAACAGCCUUCCUCCUCCACCUCCACCUGGACGCUCCAGCCCUUUACCCCCUCCACCCAAUGACACACGAAGGAAUUCAACUGUACGAUCAGGUCCUCUUCCACCUCCACCCACAGGAGCAGGAAACAGAGGGGGACCUUCUUCUUCUGCACCUCCUCCUAGUCGCCCCGGUGGACCAGGCAGACCCACUCCACCUCCAGAACGUCCUGCAGCGACAGGGUUCCCUCCUCCACCUCCAGAUCGUCCUGGACCGACAGGGUUCCCUGCUCCACCUCCAGAUCGUCCUGGACCGACAGGGUUCCCUGCUCCACCUCCAGACCGUCCUGGAGCAGCAGGGCUCCCUCCUCCUCCACCUCCAGGCCGUCCUGGAGCAGCAGGGUUCCCUCCUCCACCUACAGAUCGUCCUGGAGCAGCAGGGUUGCCUCCUCCACCUCCAGGCCGUCCUGGAGCAUCAAGCUUCCCUCCUCCACCUCCCUCUGAUAUGAAUGGAUUCCAGUGUCCUCCUCCACCUGCCACAGAUGAAUGGGGAAUGAGGUUUUCAUUCCAUCCCCUGUCUGAAUUGCCUCCACCAGAGCAAUUUAUCCCCUUCUCCAAAUCUUACCCCAGCAAGGCUGGAUCUGGAGGCAAAGGGGUGAGAGACAGAGGUGCACCACCCUUACCACCAAUUCCUAGAUGAAAGUUGCUUAAUAAUGCUGCAGUUUUAUUAUUUUUCACAUUUACUGUAGGUCUAAUGUGAGCUGGAUGGUUCUCUGCUAAACAGGUUUUUUAGUUAUUUCCAAAACAAUAAGGUUUUAUCCAUUUUAUUAUGAUCCAAAUCCUCAUAGAAUAAAAUUUACAUUUUAAUGCAAUAAAGUGCAUCCUGAUAUUAUCUUGUACAUUGAGGGUUUAAUUUAAUAAGUCAAAAUUCAACUUAAGCCAAGCCAUUUUCUUCUGUGAAAUUAACAGACAUCCUUCAGGAUAUUAAAAUUAGAUGUACAGUAAUGAUCAAAUACUGUACAUUGGUAAGAUGACUUCUUUCAGCAGGUUCAGUUAUGUGUACGUUUUGAUAUUCUAAAUGUGAAGUGCCGUAUAAGAGGCACAAUGUUGAAUGUUUCCACUAUAGAGGAAUGACAAUAAAGCUCACUUGAACUUAA